CACCAAUACCAAUGACGUGGAAUCGUCAACUUCCGGUGUUUCUAUUUAAGCGCUACUUGUGUUUUUGAUCUUUUCAAAAGUCGCCACCUAAUUAUAAAAAUUAUUUAAGGGGUUUUGUAAACGAUGAUGCCAGUCCCAGACACAUACUCAGAACCUCAGAUAGAUUACAAACAGAAGUACAAGGCCCUGAAGAAGAGGCUGAAGUUACUUGUCUACGAACAGGAAUGCUUUUUAGAAGAACUGCGAAAGGCUCAGCGAAAGCUACUUAAAGUAGCUAGAGACAGAAGUUUUCUGUUGGAUCGACUUUUACAGUAUGAAAAUGUUGAUGACUCAUCUGGAGACUCGGAUGCAACAGCCUCUAGUGAAAGUGAUGGGGAGAGUCAACACAAAGAUGGAACGCCAGCAAAAAGGAGACGUGUAAGUGGACACAGCACAAAUUUAGGGCAGAGUCAUGGGGCGAACUCAGCAGAUGGAGCUCAGACAGCAACGUCAGCCAGCAUUGCCAGCAUCAUCUUAGCUCAGCAACAGGCUGCAAGCAGCAGCACUGUCAACCAAGAGGGUGGCAAACGAAGAGCCAAAACAUCAACAAAGCGAUCGAAAACAAGUGUAAAAGCAGCGGCAGAGGUUGCAGAGCCUCCAGUCACCAGUACUUCAAGUAUGCCCAGGCAGAUGACACGUGAAGAACUAGAGCGCCACCUAGACUCAAAACAGAAUGCAUUUGGAAUAGAAAAGGCCACAGCCAGUCUUCCUAUGGAGAUCUUCAGCAAUGAUAGCUCAAACCAUGCCAGGUAUAGGCUAGGUUGUGAGAGCGACUUGGCUGGAAAUGGAGGCUUGGCAGAUGAUGAAGAAGACCUCGUCAUUGAUGUUCCUCAGUAACUUGCUGCCGAAUGUUUAAAUAUGCCAACAUUCUCAUUUUCUAUUUUUCACAUUGUAAUGCAUUUAUUUGGUGCCCAGAGAAAAGGUGUGUGUGUUUGGUUGAGAUCUGCCAUAGAUGAAUGCAUAUUUUAUGCAUGUGUGAUGUUUCCAAGUGUGCUCACCACUUAAGUUUCAUGUGUUUGUAUAAAAAAAAGUGAAUUAUUUUGUGUAGAGUUAAAAUUGUUAGAAAUAAACUUUUGUUCAUCAAA